AUGAGUAAUUUCAAUUCUUAACAAAUAAUACUCAAAAAUAGAAAACUAAAAAUCCUUAAACAAAUAGGAAGAGGAUCUUACGGUAAUGUAUUUAAAGUUUUGGAUGAAAAAAAUAAUUAAAAAUUUGCUUUGAAGAUCCAAAGUUAAAUUGAAUAAAGUGAAUGGGAGAUUUCAAAGAAAUUGUAAAUGAUUACUCAUAGAAAUAUAGUAAAUAUAGUAGAUUGUGAGAAAAAUAAUGGAUAUGUUUAUUUUUUAAUGGAUUGUUGUGACCAAGAUCUUUAUUAAAGUAUUUAAUAAUAAGUAGUUAAUUAAAAUGAUCUCAGAUAUAUUUUAGUAAGUAUAGCUGAUGGUAUAAACUUUUUGCAUAUGAAUGAUAUUAUACAUAGAGAUUUAAAACCAGAAAAUAUUUUAAUUAAAACUAUUGGUGAUCCCAAAGACCCAAAAAACAGCUAAAAAAUAUAUAAAAUUGCUGAUUUUGGUUUGUCAACAAAUAAAAGUAUCUGUUAAACUUAAUAAAUUGGAACUUGUUAUUAUAUGGCUCCAGAAUUGAUCAAAGGAGAAACUUAUAAUAAUAAAGUUGAUAUUUGGUCUUUAGGUGCUAUUGCAUAUGAAUUAAUUACAAAUUAACCAUUAUUUAAUGGGAGUUAAUAAAUAGAAAUUUUUAAUCAAAUUACGAAUAUUAAUUAAGAAAUAAAUUAACAAUAAUUAUAGAACAAAUUAUCUGUUAUUAAAGACGAAUAUAGAUAACUAAUAAUGAAUAUGUUAACUUAUGAUCCAUAAAACAGACCUGAUAUUAAAUAAGUCUUAGUAUAAUUAAGAGAUAGAUACAGAUCUCCACCUGGAACCAUUUAAAUGCUUAAACCUAAUCUUUAAGAUCCAAAGAAUAUUCUUCAUAAUAAAAUUAGUUUUUAAUAAAAUUAGAUUAACAUUAAAAAUUUAGAAUAAUUUGCUUAAAAUAAAAAAUUUAUCACACCUAACUUAACUAUUUAAAAAGCAAAUGAGAAUACUAAAUAAUUUGUCCCUAAUUAAACUAUUCAAUAAAAUGAAUAGAUUAAAGCAAAAAAAUUAUUAACUCCUAAUCCCAAAUCCAUAAUCCCAAAUUAAAAUGUUUCUGAAUAAAAAAAUCAAACUCAAUAAAAUGAAAUUAAUACUCAAAAUCUCAUCAAAUCAACUAAUUAGAAUAAUUUUUAAAAAUAACAAAAUGCAGAAUUAAAUAUUAAUAAUUUUUAGUAUAACUAAAAUUCUUAAACAACUAACAUGAAUAAUAAAUAAAAUCCCCAAUAAUAAACUAUUUAAUCAAAAGAAUAAGCUUAAUUUAAAUAAUAAGAAAUUUUAAAUCCACAAUCCAUGAUUGUAAAUAAAAAUUUAGUGGAACAAAAAAAUUAUAAUACAAAUUCAUAAAAUACUGUUUAACAAAUAUUUAAUCAGAAAAAUUUUUAGAGACCUGGUUCUCCUCCACCAUAAACAUUUUAAAAUGCUUUUAAGUUUGAGUAGAUAAGAUCUAAAUCCCCCCCACCUUGA